GACAGUGGGCGGGCCAGAGUAAUGUUGUCGGUCUGUUUGGUGUGGUUGCUACACGGGUCAUACACAGAGCUGUGAUCAGGGAGGAUCCUAGUCUGCUAGAAGGACACACUGCGCAUGCGCACAACAUCCUGACCGGGAGGAAACUUUUUUUUAUCAAGUUCUGAAGGGAGGGGAAGCCGUGCACAGCCAGGAGUUACACAGACGCGAUGAGGGAACACACCACCGUGAGGGCGGAGCCGAAGUCCGGAUUCCUGGAGCGUCUCGGCGACACGGCCGGGGGGGUGGGGAUCGGCCUGAUCUCCUUCUGUCUGUCCUUCUACCUUCUCUUCACCAAUGAGGGUCGAGCGGUGCAAACGGCGAAAUCCCUGGAGGAGGGUCUGUCUGUUGUACUGACGAUCGGGAACAUCCAAAGAAUAGACCCCAUGAAUGAGGCAAAGUUACUCCACGUCUCUGGAGUUCUGCAGACAUCCGCUCCGCUGUUUGACCCAAACUACGGGGUUUCCGUACAAUGCGUAAAACUGAAGCGCCAGGUGGAGAUGUUCCAGUGGGUGGAGCAAGAAGAGUCCAAAGAGUAUGAAGAAAACGGAGAGAAAAAAACCGAGACGAGAUACACUUACAAUACGGAGUGGAAAUCGGAGGUGGUGAGCAGCAGACAUUUCGACCGAGAAAUCGCCCAUCGCAAUCCCAGCGCCAUGGCGGUGGAGUCAUUCACAGCUGUUGCGUCAGAUGUCCAGGUUGGAAGUUACUACCUGUCUAAAGGUCUGGUUGAGAAGAUUGACAAUUUCAAACAGCUGAGCCUGACGCAGAAGAGGAAUCUACAGGCUGACAUCAUCACAGAAGGAAAUUACUUCUAUCACAGCGCCAACCCCAGGAAUCCAGAGGUGGGGGAUCUACGGAUCUCUUUCUGGUACGCUGGCGUUUCCCUGGGAAAUUCAUUUGGAUCAGUGGACACGGUGAGUGUCGUGGCGCGGCAGCGAGGGGUGGAGCUGGUCCCCUACAAAACCAAAUCCGGGGACCAGCUGGAGCUGCUCUACAUUGGGAGUCACAGCGCUGAGGAGAUCUUCCAUGCGGAGCAUCAGAGUAACAUUUUGAAGACCUGGAUGCUACGAGGUGCCGGCUGGUUCAUGAUGUUUAUGGGCAUCAGUCUUAUGAUCAAGAUCUUCCAUACGCUGGUGGAUUGGUUCCCCAUCGUCCGUGAUCUCGUCAAUCUUGGACUCAAGCUCUUCGCUUUGUGUUUGUCCUCUUCCCUUUCCCUGCUGACUAUCGGCGCCGGUUGGUUCUUCUAUCGCCCUUUGUUGUCGUUACUGCUGAGCGCCAUUGCAGUUGGCAUUAUAUUCCUCGCUCGAACACGUGUGCCAUCCAAGAAGCACCAAUAAGAAAAAGCUCUGUGGUCUUCAUGCAGUAUUGCUUAGGGCUUGAAGCUGGUAAUGGGGUUACUGUACUCAGACUAUAACUCUGGGGUGGUUUAUGCAUUAAUGUAUUCUUUAUCACUAUGCAAUUUAUUUUUAUACACUUGUAUUGUGUUUUGUAGCUCAUUUUGUAUUUAUGUGUUAAAGGGGAUUUGAAGGGCUGAAAAUAAAAUUUAAAGGCCAAGAACU